UAUCAUUGUAACGUUUAUUUAGCCAAUCUCUUAACUAUGACGUCUGGAUCCAUGGCUUGCUCAUAAUAUUUAACACACCCACUAAAGGCUGGAGUUGCAGCGCUACUAGUCCAACCAGUCAGUGUAGCUGAAAGGGGUUUUCACUCUGCACCUGCCAAAGACCUUUCUCCCUCUUUCUCUGCCUCUCCCUUUCUCUCGCAAGGCAGAUCUGUACGACCCCGCAGAGAUCAAAGACAGCACCUCCCUCGCUAAGAAGAACCGCUGUUGUUUUGUGCUAGUUUCUUUCCUCUUCUCUCUCUCCUUCGGUGCGUGCUUUACCUUGCCGUAGCGCCAUCGGGCAGUUUUGCAACCCCAAAACAAAACAAAAUAACAAAAAGCCAAACCAAAACAACUCUCCCCUCCCCUCCCAAAAAAACCCCGCGGAGCCCCAGCCUGGAUCCAGCCAGCACACUGAGUUGGACCCUAGUUGACUACUCAUCUCUCCCCAGCGCUGGAUGCGAUGGAUGAAGACUCUGGACACAGGCUAAGAAAAGCAUUUUCCAGCCCAUGUUUUUAAACAGUCUGGCGGAGGAGCGCUUGUGUCCCACGGCUGCAUCACUGGUCAAUUUCAAAGGAUGGGGGGCAGCGUUUCCAGCACCUCGAAAUAUGAUGGAUGAUUUUUGCUGCCGCUGAACGCCUUUCUCUCUUUAAACAGCCUCAAGGAAAAGACCGGGGCAAUUGGGCAGACGGGUUUAGACGCUGAACUGCUGCUGGCUUUGUGUUCCCAUUGAUGUGCAAAGCCUUGACUCCGUGCGGUGGGGAUUUUCGUCUGGCCGAGUCCUGGAUGAGACUCGACCAAGAGGAACGAGGACCGAGCGCUUGCAGAAUAUUUACUUUCUUCGCUUGCCGGGUUGAUUUGUUCUCCGAGCAGGGGGGCAAAAAAGACAAAACACAUCGAGACUCGAGCUUUUUCUGUGAAAGGGCUCCUUUAAAUAUUUAAAUCACCCCUUUGCUUCCCCCCCCCUUUAUAAUUUAUUAGAAGCCCCCUUGACAAUGAAGAUGAUUUUAGUGCGGAGAUUCAGGGUGCUGAUCCUGAUGGUGUUUUUGAUCGCCUGCACCAUGCACAUCAUGAUCGAUCUGCUCCCCAAGCUGGAGAAGCGAGCGGCCAGGACCGAGGGCCAGGCGGGCUGCUCGUGCGCUCAGCCCCCGAGCGAGGAGGCGCAGGGCUGGGGGAAGCCGCGAGCGAAGGGCGGCUCGGAAGCCGGCUGGCCUAACAAGCACACGCUGCGGAUCCUGCAGGAUUUCAGCAGCGACCCCGGCUCCAACCUCACCUCGCACUCGCUGGAGAAGCUCGGCGCGGCCUCGGAGAAAGCCGAAGCUUUUAAGAGGCUGGAACAAAGCGCCAGGAGCCAGGAUCUGGGGCAUAAGCCGCUCAUCCAAGAUGGGAGCCCGGGCGCCCAGCCCCUGGGGAAGGGGUACUCCAAGCUGGCGGCUCUCUUCGAGCAGCCCCUGUACAAGAUCGCCACGCCGGAGCUGGCGGAGGAGGAUGUCUUGUUCAAUGUCAACAGCGACAUCCGAUUUAACCCGAAAGCGGCCGAGAACCAGGACUGGCAAAAUGAAGGUAAUGAAGAUGAGGAAUUUUUACCCACUGGAGAAACAUCUGUAGAUUCCUACCCAAACUGGUUAAAAUUCCACAUUGGUAUUAAUCGCUAUGAGUUGUAUUCCAGACACAAUCCUGUAAUUGAGGCUUUGCUACAAGACCUGGUCUCCCAGAAGAUAACCAGUGUUGCAAUGAAAUCAGGAGGCACCCAGCUAAAGCUGAUCAUGACAUUCCAAAAUUAUGGACAAGCACUUUUUAAACCAAUGAAGCAAACCAGAGAACAGGAAACUCCACCUGACUUCUUUUAUUUCUCAGACUAUGAAAGGCAUAAUGCAGAAAUAGCAGCAUUUCAUUUGGACAGGAUCUUGGAUUUUCGUCGUGUUCCACCUGUUGCCGGUAGAUUGGUUAAUAUGACCAGGGAAAUUAGAGAUGUUACUCGUGACAAGAAAUUGUGGAGGACAUUUUUCAUUUCACCAGCAAACAACAUCUGUUUCUACGGCGAGUGCUCAUACUAUUGCUCAACCGAGCAUGCUCUUUGUGGAAAGCCAGAUCAGAUUGAAGGGUCCCUCGCUGCUUUCCUACCUGACCUGUCUUUAGCUAAAAGGAAAACCUGGAGAAAUCCAUGGCGGCGCUCCUACCAUAAACGCAAGAAAGCAGAAUGGGAAGUUGAUCCAGAUUAUUGUGAGGAGGUUAAACAAACACCACCCUAUGACAGUGGGACCAGAAUUUUGGAUAUCAUGGAUAUGACAAUUUUUGAUUUUCUAAUGGGAAACAUGGAUCGACAUCACUAUGAAACCUUUGAAAAGUUUGGAAAUGAAACAUUUAUUAUCCACUUAGAUAAUGGAAGAGGAUUUGGAAAAUAUUCCCAUGAUGAGCUCUCCAUAUUGGUGCCUUUAAACCAGUGCUGCAGGAUAAGGAAGUCUACCUAUCUGCGAUUACAGUUAUUAGCCAAGGAGGAGUACAAACUAAGUCACUUGAUGGAAGAAUCUUUACUAAAAGAUAAAGUUGCACCCAUCCUUUACCAGCUGCACCUAGAGGCAAUGGACCGAAGGCUACGGAUUGUUCUCAAAGCUGUUAGUGACUGUAUAGAAAAGGAUGGUUAUGAUAAUGUGGUUGAAAAUGACUUUGACAAUGAGGUUAACACUCUUACAACCAAGAGGUAGUGAAAUCACAUGAAUGCAUUUUUACUAGCUAAGUAAAGAAGAUAAAAAGUCUUGCAAAAGACUGUGUAUGCAACUUCGUGAAUUCAGUGAAUUCAAAAAUGAGAUAUAAUUGUUCCCAAAGUAGGUAAAGUGUAGAAUCUGUGAAGGAUUAGUUAAUUAAGAAAAAUAAGUCUAAUGUGAUGCUUUUAAAUAGUUCUUAAAUGAGAAUAUGAAAAGGUUUGGAAUAUAUUGAGAUCACUGACAAGCGACUCUAGUCUGGUGGCAAAACACUUCCUGCUCUUUUUGUAUAGACAGGAGGCCUUUAUUUAAUAUUUUGUAUUUAUAUAUGAUAUAUCUAUGAAAACCACAGACCUACCUACCAAAUUUAACAAAAAAAGGACAGCAUAGUUUUGUGACUCACAAUUUAUUCUUGGUGACAGUCCACUUGGUAUUUUGUGUUAACCCUUUAAGUGCUCUCAUUCACUGUACCUAAUUUAAAUUGACUGCUUUGUUUUUCAGCUACUCGGCAUUUAAAGGGUUAAGACACAUGAACUUUUAAAAGCAAAAAUAACAACAAUAAUAAUAAAUAGAGUGUUUAGCUGAAAGGGGAUUUUGAUAAUUGUGCAUUGACAAGAAUACUUGAAUGUUGGUUUUACAGAGUGAUGUAAAAUGACAAGUUGUACUAUUUAUCCAUAAGAAAGCAGCAGCUCUGAUCUUUCUAGACUAUUGUAGUAGGGCUGUUACUUUUCCAACGUUGCUUUUGAUAGUUUUGUGUAAAUAUAUACAUAUAUGGGUAAAAGCUGCUUUGGGCAGCUUCUAGGCUUACUUUUGCAGCAUUUUUGUGGAAUCGUUUGCAAUGUGGUAAAAGUGCAAUAAAGAUAUGGCAAAUGUGUA